ACCCUAUACUAAAUGCUGCUGCUUUCUCCUGCGGUGACACAGGGAUGCCCUUCUCUCACGUCUUGAAUACUCAUGGUGUGGAUGACGGCAGAAAGUUCAUCGGUGAGCUGAGUGUUGGCUCGUCUGAGGGCAGAAAGAAAAUCCUAAUUUUGGGUGAAUGUAAGGAAGUGUUGACAUGUCGCUGAAACGACCAGAGGGGAUGUCUCUCGCCCAGGCUUUGGCCAUGACUGUAGCAGAGAUACCAGUCUUUCUUUAUUCAACAUUUGGACAGUCUAUAUUUUCUCAGCUAAAGCUCUCCCCGAGCCUGAAGAAGGUGCUGUUUGCCACAGCUCUGGGAAGCGUGGCUCUGGCUCUGACUGCUCACCAGCUGAAAAGAAGAGGCAGGAAAAGGAAACAGGCAGUCCAAGCAAAGGAGGGCCAGAAGACCGUGGGAAUACCCGAUGCUCUGCUGAAAACCGGAAGACCUUCAUCUUUAAAGAGAGGUCCGAUUACCAGCCGGCAGGUGAUGAGCCCCAGCUCUCGGAGCAAUGACACUAUGAGUGGAAUUUCCUCCCUGGCUCCCAGUAAACACUCCAGUUCGUCACACAGCUUGGCAUCUACAAGAGUUCCAAACUCUCCUAAUCAGUCUGCUAAUCCCUCCACCCCAUUGGAGGCAGAGCGUGUGGUGGAAGAAUCUGGAGCAGUGGAGGAUGCAAAUGCAGAGAACCUGUAUUUAAUGGGGAUGGAGCUGUUUGAUGAAGCUCUACGAAAAUGGGAACAAGCCCUAAGUAUUCGUCAUCACGGGGAUUCGACUUCUAGUAACAACAGCCUUGCUUUGCAGGGGGCAGCGUUCAGAGAUGAACCCACGAAUGAGUCCCGUAAUAAAGUGUUUGCUGAGAAGUUGGAGACUCUCUUGCACAGGGCGUACCACUUACAGGAGGAUUUCGGCAGCAGCAUCCCAGCUGACAGCGUGCUUGCAGACUUCGAGAGCGAAGGGACUCUAAUAUUGCCUCAGAUAGAGAGAUUCCACCCGCUGCAAGAUGAAGAUGCGACUACAGUUACGUCUGAUGACUCCUUUUUCUCGGCUGCAGAGCUGUUUGAAAGCAUGACUCUAGAGGAUAUCUACCAACCGAUGAAGCCAGCAGCUCUGUAUGAGGAAGCCUUGUCUCUGGUGCAGGAAGACAGGGUGAAAUAUAGGACCUUGAGGACUGAAUUACUUGAAUGCUACAGUGACCAGGAUUUCCUGGCCAAGCUUCACUGUGUGAGACAAGCAUUCCAGGUGUUAUUAUUGGAUGAAACUCACCGCACAUUUUUUAUGGAGACAGGGAAACAGAUGGUUGCUGGGCUAAUGGUUAAGGCCAGUAAGAGUCCCAAAGGCUUUCUAGAAAGCUAUGAAGACAUGCUGCUCUACACCCAGAGAGAGGAAACGUGGCCCAUUACGAAAAUGGAGCUGGAGGGUCGAGGGGUGGUGUGUAUGAACUUCUUUGAUGUUGUUCUGGACUUCAUCCUGAUGGAUGCAUUCGAGGACCUUGAGAGCCCCCCCUCCUCUGUGUUAGCUGUUCUAAGGAACCGCUGGCUGUCUGACAGUUUUAAAGAGACCGCUCUGGCGACCGCUUGUUGGUCGGUGUUGAAAGCUAAAAGGCGUCUUCUCAUGGUACCUGAUGGAUUUAUUGCCCACUUUUAUGCCAUAUCAGAACACGUGAGCCCGGUUUUAGCUUUUGGGUUUUUGGGACCAAGGCAGCAUCUGAGUGAAGUUUGCACAAUUUUCAAGCAACAAAUAGUGCAAUACCUUAAGGAUAUGUUUGACCACGAUAAGGUCCGCUUCACUUCUGAUCAGAGUUUGGCUGAGGACAUCCUGAAGCUUUCUCACCGCAGAAGUGAGAUCCUGCUGGGAUAUCUGGGGAUCAACAGUCUAUUGGAGCUGAAUGGUGCCAUGCCUAGAGACUCUGAGGGCUCCUACGGAGCCACCAAACUAUCAUGAAGGGCUUUAUUGAAGAAUUUCUGAGGCUCCGAACCCUUCUUCUGUGAUCCACUGAGAACCAGCAUUAUCCAGCCAUUUGUCCAUCCUUUUCUCCAUCUGUGCUCUUAAUCACAACAAGGUAUCAUGGGAUUUAUUUUACCAGAUCUCCUUAUUCCUGCUAAUGAGGGAGACCAUUUGAAUCCCGAAUUCCCCUUGUCCCCUUUGUUGCUGCUUUGCUGCGUAUCCACAAUGAUGACUCUAAUCAAAUUAUCACAGACGUGUGAGGACUUGUUUCUGCCUCUUCCUGGGGGGGUUAGAUACUUGGUAAAACAACAGCUGACAAACACUUCCAACACAACAGGACUUUGCCUUUUUAGUUAGCCAGACGAACAGAUUUUCAUCUGUGGAUUUGGAUGAAAUAUUUACUAUGAUGUGUAAAGCGAUGAAGUGCUUUUUGUCUUUCAUGUGAAAAAGUUAAAUGUAACUUUUUAGUUGUGUCUUUGCUGCUUACAGCUCCUAAAAUCAGUUAAAUGGCCCUAAAUUCUCCUUACUUCCAGGCGUCCAGGUUUUCCAUCUUCCAGGAUAACAUGGAGGCAUGAAACUUGAGUUUAAACACAUUAACAGAUCAUGUAAAACUGGUAUUUGGGGUCAAAU